AUGGCCACAAAAAAAGAUAUACACAGAAAAAACUUUGCAUUUGUUAGAUUUAAAGGAGUUGAUGACGAGAUGAGACUAGAGAACUCCCUUCAAGGCCUAAAAUGUAUGGGGUCAUCGUUGGAGGUAAACGUGGCCAUAUUUGAAAGGAGAGAAGUGACAAGGACAAAACGGAACAUAACUGAAAACAGUUUAAAUCCUCCACGAAAGCCUACAGACGCAUUCUGUGAUGGCAGGUCCUUUGCAGCGGUGACAUCAGGGGUCUUUCAAGGCCUGGUUCCUCCCCCUCCUCCUUCGACGUUAACAAACAAACCUAUUCGCCUAGAGGGAGACUCAUUUUGGGCGCAUUGGGUUCUUAGUCCUUUAACUCUAAUCGGGGUUGCCCGUAGUUUGGAGCAUUUAAGGAACUUAGCUGUGAAGUACAGACUGGGUCAAGAAUUUGCAUAUGGAAUGAAGUACAUGGGAGGACUUUCGGUUGGUAUUAGAUUCAGAAACUCGGCUGUCGUAAAACAGUUUCUUCUAAAAAAGGAGCAAUGGGGGAAAUGGUUUAGUGAAUUCAAGGUUGGAAGCUCUUACGAUGGGAAUGUAGAAAGGAUCGCAUGGCUGAAAGUAGUAGGUCUCCCUCUUCAUAUGUGGAGUGAGGAAAACUUUUCUCGGAUUGCAAGAUGGGUGGGCCAGCCUAUUGGACCCUUGGAGAUUCCAUUGAGCAUGCAGGACGUUUCACAUGGUAAGAUUUGCGUUCUAACAAGCAGGAAGACCAAAAUUAACGAUGAAGUGUUGGUGAAAUUAAAAGGGAAUGUCCAAAAAAUGGGGCUUGUUGAGGAAAAUUUCGAUUGGCCUCCAUUCCCUGUUGGGUUGUGGAUCAGUGAGGAGCCUUGCAGAUAUGAAGACGAUGGUUCGGCGUUUAUUGAUGAUGAUGGCGAUAACAGGGCAGGAGGUGAAAAUCUGGAAGAUGAGAAUAUGAAUAAAGGAUUAGAUGAUGAAGAGCUGGAAGAAGGGGAACUCCGGUACGAUGAGGAUAUCCGGAUCGCAAGGGUGAUGUCCACGAAACCGUUGGUGGCAGAGGACGAGCCAUUGCCGGAAACCAGGACCCAGAUCGACGGAACACAGGGACUGGAAGAUGUUUCGACGGAGGUGGUUCCAAGGAAUGGGGAAGAUCAAUCGUUUACUAAUAUUAAUUGUCAACGGGAGGGAAUAUCUUUUAUAUUUAAUGCAGAGUCGUCAAAGGAAAAGACUCCUGUGGCUCCUUAG